AUGGAUGCAGCUGCUGCAGGUUUAGUUAAGAAACCGCCUAAGAAUGAAGAAAAGGAACCGAUGUCGUCUACUAGUAUUGAUGUAAACUUCGAAGGAGACGUGAAAGAACUAGAGAAGUCUUCUCCCGAGGAUAAGAAGCUUCAAUCAACUAUAGAAGAAAUAAGGGAAAUUAAAGAUGAAAAUCAAAGGCUAAAGAUACAACUAAGUCAGAUAUUGAAAGAUUAUGAAGAACUCCAUACCAAGUACUUUAACAUUGUUCAACAAGACAAAACCGAGCAAUCAAACGCAAAUAGCUCUAGCAAUCAAACAACAUUUGAGGGCCACGAGAUCGCUUGUGAUCUUAGUCUAGGAAGAACUUCAAAUGUGCUAAAGAAGGAUGAUAAAAAACAAAAGUCGAUUGCUUAUGCUAAAGACUACAAUCAAGACAAAAGCCUUACUCUCGGAUUAGAAUGUAAAUAUGAAGCGUCUAAAAUAACAAACGAGCCUUCACCAAGUCUAAGUCUCGAUAAUAGCUCAGAAAUAGUAAAGAAAGAAGUUGGCGAGCAAAGUUGGUCAGGAGCAGUUACUAAAAAGACGACGAGAAGUGGAGAAGAUGAUGAUUCACAACAAAAUCCAACGAAGAAGGCUAGGGUUUGUGUUCGAGUUAGAUGUGACACUCCCACGAUGAACGAUGGAUGUCAAUGGAGAAAAUAUGGCCAAAAGAUUGCUAAAGGAAAUCCAUGUCCACGUGCAUAUUAUCGAUGUACCGUCGCACCAUCUUGUCCGGUGAGAAAACAGGUGCAAAGAUGUGUUGACGACAUGUCUAUCUUGAUCAUAACGUAUGAGGGAACUCAUAAUCACCCGCUUUCCGCGUCUGCCACUGCGAUGGCCUCGACAACCUCGGCUGCAAUGUCCAUGUUAAUGUCCGGUGCAACAACCUCAAACCCUAACCAAUCAUACAUGUCCAACUCAUCAUCGUCUCAUCCAACUAUUACACUUGACCUUACUUCAAACACGACCCUAAACCCUAAUUCCUUGUUUCCUUACAAUAAAAUAUCUCCAAAUUUUCUUGGAACCAAUCAUAUUCCAAAGUACUCCUCAACUAACCUAAACUUUAGCUCUUUUGAAUCUAACCCUAUGCCAAUCAUAAACUAUGGAAACAAUCAACUAAGUCAUUCUUCAUUAAGCUUUGGAAGGCAAAUUAGUCCUCAAGAAAACUUCUACAACUCUAGUUCUAGUUUCAUGCAAAACACAAACCCUAGAAAGUUGUUUACACCCGACACAGUUGCAGCGGCUACGAGAGCGAUUACUUCUGAUCCGUCGUUUCAUUCUGCAUUGGCAACCGCUUUGACAUCAAUCAUCGGCUCGAGGAAUGCUAGUGGAGGAGGAACAAAUGGUGUAAGCCAACUAAUUGGAGGUCAAGUUUCAACGAUAAAUACUCAAUCUUCGUCGUCAUUUUCUACAACCAAGAGUAAAUCUACCUCUCCUAGUGAUGGCACUAGAGACCAUAUAAUAUGA